CUCAGAUGGUGGCGGGAUAAGUAGUCGCGAAUCAAUCCAGGAUGGGGGAGAGUGUUCCAGCAAGCCGAGCGUGACAUACCAUGUCCCUGAUGGUGGCAUGCCUGGUCGCCGAUUCUCGUGGGGGGAAACGUAGAAAGCCAGUCUCCACAUCCGACUCCGCGCAAUGAAUUCUAACACGAUGCUCUUCCCGAGGAGCAUGCGCUUCUGGAAGUGCGGUACCGCAAAGUCGACAACAAACGCGCCGGAACCGGCCCCAUCCGUCUCUGUGGGCGCAACAUUCUCGACCGUUAUAUCAUCGUGAGGAACGGUGGCAUCGAGAAUCAUUUCGUCGGUCGCACUAAGCGGUGAGAAUUCAGGAGAGCUCCGCAGCCGCUGGAAAAGCAGUUGGUCGGAAUUGAGCAGGCAUGCUAGUCGCACGUCGGAGAUGGUAGCAGGAGUGAGAGGUGAGGCCAAGCUUAUGAGAGCGCUGAGCAAGUCAGUCCCCUGGAGCUGGUCGGAUUCUACAUCGGAGGGCCGCUUCACAACCGCCCAGUAGAUAGGUGUGUGUCCCUCCACGCUCUUCUCCUGCAGCACAGAGCUGAUCGAAAGGCCGUUGGCGGAGCAGGCGUCCGCACAACUUUUGAGAAUGCUGAUUCCAACAGACGAGCGGUCCUCGUGAGGUAGUUUCACCAGAUCUUUGACCAGUCCCAAUACCGUUGAGCGCACUUGACGCACUGUCGGUGAGGUGAAUCCAAACCAGGAACUCGAAACGGGUGAUAACCUCGACGAAGAGGCUAUUGGGAUCGGUAGUGUGCUGCUUGUAGCACCGAGUGGUGGAGGCCGCUUAGAAUCGGUGGGAAAGGUGGAUGCAGUUGCUAUUUGGCUGACUUCGUACGCCGGGGGAGCGUCCGUGUCACCCAAGGGCAUCGUGUCGUUCAAUUCAUUUGGAUAUAUAGUCUGCGGUUUGUCGCUUUCGCUCGGUAGGAUCAUGGUGGACAGCGGCUACUGCCAAGACGAGAUGAGGGACCGGCUUUGCCAUCAGUGCCUGCGCAAUGAUCGAGGGAGGCGGUGCUGACACUUGAACAAGAUCAUCUCUGAAGUUGACCUACAUCUGCAAAACCCGAGGAUUCAACCUGCACAUCAUCGAGUGCAAAGCAGGACUGGGCAUUCAAAUAGAGUCGGCAUGGAUCAGGACGCCUUCCGGCACCUGCUCACGAGCUCUGGGAAGCAAACACAGCGAUCUCGUGGCUCUCUGCAUGCUCCCAAGACAAUUAGUGCCUCUGAACCCGCAUUCAAACCGAGGAAGGUGAAGAAGUCAGAUGGUUCUUACCGCGACCGUGCCGCCGAGCGCAGAGAUGGUGGGACAAACGACUUCGCUCAUGUUGAAGCUGUGUUGGAUGAUUUCGAGAAGCGCGUGGGAGACUCAGCAACUGACGAUCAGCGGCGCUACUUGGGGGGAGACGGCGAGCACUCAGUCCUUGUGAAAGGGCUAGACUUUGCGCUACUGGAACAAAACAAAGCCAAGGCAUCCUCUUCGACCGUUGACGACGAUUCACUCGAGCAGGCGUUUGUGAGCUCUGCUUCUCAGCCUAGGCCUGCGGUGGAUGGAAAGCGAACGCGCGAAGAAAUGCUCAGUGUCCUCAAAUCGAAGCGCGCAGCAGCUCAGCCCACUGAGGUUAUUAAAGAUAGCAAAUUCAAGCCAAUAGGAUUCAAACCUAUCGGUAUCGUGGAAGAGAAGAAGAAGACUAAAAAGAAACGGGUCAAACCAGAUGGAGAGUUGGCCACAUCGAAGAGCAAGAAAAAACGCAAGAUCCAGGAGAUUCCUGACGAAGUAGAGCCGACGGCAGUAGUCCCGAAUGCCUCUGUCCCGCAACCCCCGGCUGUUGUUGAGGAAGAUGACGAUGCUGACUUGGAUAUAUUUGCCGGUGUCAUGGAGUACCAGGGACUUGAGCUGGACGAUGAUGAUGAUGCGGAUGUCAAUCCCUUGCCAGACCGCGUCGCGCACGAGCCUGAAGUAGAAUCGUCCGUGCCUCCGCGGACGUGGUUUGCGGACGAGGAAAAGCCAGCGCCUCCCACAGCACUCGUCGUUGAGAGACAGAUGUCCCUGCCACCUGCUGAUGAAAUGGAGGAGGAUGAGGAAGAGGACAAGCCUGCGAGAUUGAUUCCACUGGCUAGUUCUGCACUACCGUCGAUCAAAGAAUAUCUGGCAAUGACAGGAGAGGACGGCGGUAAGAAGGGCAAAGGGAAGAAGAAAAAGAAGAAGGGCAAGAAAGGAGCGGAUGAUGACGACGACGACUAGUACUUGACGCGUGUGAGGAUUGGACUUUGAACAUUUACUGAUAUGCGUGCAUUUGGAUAUCGUACUAGCGGCCAAACAAUAAUGAUAAACGAAAGAUACUUAUUCUUCCCGUACAAAAAGCCAUUUCUCUCCCACUUUCUGCAUCCGUCCUCCAGAGGCGCCUGCGUCGGGAAUCGAAGAGAUAUCCUGGCCGCCUCCAAGUACGACCGCGUCUGUGUCUCCGGACCCACUGCUCUGCCACUGACUACCACCGUCCUCCCGAUAGCCACCGCCGUAGUGGUUCCCGCCACCGUGGUUCCCUCUGCCCGAUCCUCUGAAGUUGCCGCCCCUGCCCCGAAAUCCACCGCGACUACUUGGCUGGCCUUGACGGCCCCAUUGUUGCUGCUGUGACACCUGCUGCUGCUGCUGCUUUUGGUGGGACAACUGCUGGGACGGUUGCAUCUGGCCUCCGGACAUGACAAAAGCCAUGAGCUCCUCGGUCGACGGCGGGUAACCGUGUGUGACCUGCCACAAAUUCCCAAGCGUCUCCCACGAAGUUGCGGCAGUGAAAUCAAACGUCGCCAGAUUAAAACUCUCGAGGCCCUGCUUGGACGGAAUUUUAUUCGAGACAAGCAGGCGCAUCAGCGGGCUCGCGUUCUACACGCGGAGAGACUACGGGCGCGGGCGGAGAUUUCGGUGGUGGUGCGACAAGAUCGUCAGGUGGUUCCGGGGAAGGCGAUGCGGGCCGGAUAUCUCUCCCGAAUUCAUCCUUCCCCGGUGCGGUCCUGGCGGGGGCUCGUCCGACGGGCUGUGGCGGUGCUGGUUCGGGCAGAGAAGGUCGACGAGGCGGACUGUAGGGGCGGACCUCGCGCCGCCCAGGAAAUCGGCUUGGCGGACUGCGAGAUCUGCUAUCGCGUCGGCCA